UAAAAGGUGUAAGGAUCAAUUGUCUAUUGGUUCUCGGUUACAACAAUAUCGUCAUGAGGAUUUAUCAAUGUAUAUGUCUCUUACUAGGAUACGUAACUUCAGUUCCACUGGACCUUAACAGCAAGAUUGAAGUAAGCGAGUUCGUCCUACAGGAGAAGGAUUUUGAAGUUCCCGACUCGGAGAUUCUCGGAGACAAAAAUACCCAAGAUUGGAGUGUAGAGAAUAAGCGGAAUGCCAUCAACACCAACACGUACCAUACUGCCCUGUGGACAGGAGGCGUCGUACCCUACGUCAUCAGUAGUAGUUAUCCCACAUCAGUUCGACAAACUUACGAGGCGGCGAUGAGAGAAAUUGAAGAAGACACUAAGGUUCAUGGAAAGACGUGUGUACACUUCGUACCGAGGACUACACAAACCGAUUAUAUCCAGGUCGUGCCAGGGACUGGGUGCCACUCUCCCGUCGGACAUCACAGAGGUCGGGGUGAUGUCUCCCUGGGACACGGUUGCGAAUCUAAGGGGACCGCAAUGCACGAGUUUCUGCACGUGCUUGGAUUUUUCCACGAGCAUGAACGCUACGAUCGGGAUAACUACGUAACGGUACAUUUGGAAAAUGUAGUGACAAGUAACCAGAAAGACUACAAUAAGGAGACUACACGUCAAAUGAACACCCUCGGUGUUUCUUACGACUACGACUCAAUAAUGCACUACGGAGCGUAUGCUUUUGCUGUUGAUAAAUCAAAACCAACUCUCGUUCCCAAAUCUCACACGGCGGUAAUUGGCCAGCGUCUGGCGCUCAGUAGGAAAGACGUUCAGAAAAUACAACUUCUUUACAACUGUGGAGUUGAUUUAACUCACAUAGCGGAGCCUUCCGAACCACAUAAAAUAAUUGAAUGUAAUUUUGAGACGACCUGCUCACACCUCCACCAAGAUACCACUGAUAAUUUUAACUGGGUACAACACUCCGGCGCCACACAUACUCAUGGCACUGGGCCUAACGCUGACCAUACUAACUCGGCAGGUAAAUACUACUUGGCUCAGGCCAGACACCACCAUAACAAAGUGGCCCGCCUAACCACUGACACCCUGCCAUCAGGCCAGACCUGCAUCUCGUUCUCCUACUUCAUAUACGGUUCUGGCGUCAAGGAGUUCAACAUGAAAGCGGAAGGCACCGGGAUCGAUUACACCUUCAAACGGUUCAUUGGGAGUCAGACCAACCAGUGGACAACACAGUUUAUAACGCUGACCGUCCCUAGGAAUUUUAAGUUGGUACUUCAGGCCUCGAUCGGGAGCAGUGACCUUGGAGAUAUCGCCAUCGACGACCUGUCUGUAUACUCAGGCGCUUGUGUUCACCCGAAAUAAGAUAUUUCUUGCCACCUUUUUGUAAGAAUUUGGGAAUACAUUUUAAAAUAAUAAACAUUUUCAGACGUGUUGUU